AAAAAAAAAAAGAAAGAAACUAACCCGACCUCGUAAUCACACUUAUAUAGAAAUACAAAAAUUGACUAAGUAGUAAUAAAUCAAAACUCAUUCAAAUUGAAAUUAUUCAUUUCGCUCUAGCUUCUCAUACACUCUUCUUCUUCCUCUAAAAUCUCUCUAUAUAAACCGCCAAACCAAAUAAAACUACUUCCAUUUAUCCAUUACCUACCUGUUCGACAAAACUCCUCAAUCAACUUCCUAACGUUUCUUUAACACAGCAAACCAUGUAUGUCAUAAAGCGAGACGGGCGUCAAGAACCAGUCCAUUUCGACAAGAUCACGGCUCGAUUGAAGAAGCUAAGUUAUGCUUUGAGCCGCGAGUACUGCGAUCCUGUGCUUGUAGCUCAGAAAGUUUGCAGUGGAAUAUAUAAGGGCGUAACGACUGCGCAGAUUAAUGAGUUGGCCGCUGAAACAGCCGCUGCUUUGACUGCUAAUCAUCCCGAUUAUGCUUUGUUGGCUGCAAGAAUUGCUAUUUCCAAUUUGCAUAAGAAUACAAAGAAGUCAUUUUCAGAGACGAUUAAAGUAAUGCAUGACCAUGUUGAUAAGAAGUCUGGACAGAAGUCUUCUCUUAUUGCAGAUGAUGUUUAUGAAAUAAUUAUGAAGAAUGCUAACCGCAUGGACAGUGAGAUCAUCUAUGACAGAGACUUUGACUAUGAUUACUUUGGAUUCAAGACUCUUGAGAAGUCCUACCUUUUGAAGGUUGAUGGGAAGAUUGUAGAAAGACCACAACAUAUGUUGAUGAGGGUUGCUGUUGGCAUCUACAAAGAUGACAUUGACUCUGCCUUUGAAACUUACCACUUGAUGUCUCAGCGUUGGUUCACGCAUGCUACCCCUACCCUUUUUAAUGCUGGAACCCCUCAGCCCCAAUUGAGUAGCUGUUUUCUUGUGUGCAUGAAAGAUGAUAGCAUUGAGGGAAUUUUUGAUACUUUGAAAGAGUGUGCUGUUAUUAGCAAGUUAGCUGGAGGAAUUGGCCUUUCUGUCCAUAAUAUUCGUGCUACUGGCAGUUACAUUUGUGGGACAAAUGGGACUUCCAAUGGCAUUAUUCCAAUGCUUCGAGUGUUUAAUGACACUGCUCGCUACGUUGAUCAUGGAGGAGGCAAGAGGAAAGGUGCUUUUGCCAUAUAUUUGGAGCCAUGGCAUGCAGAUAUCUUUGAGUUUCUAGAUCUUAAGAAAAACCAUGGAAAGGAAGAACGUCGAGCUAGAGAUUUAUUCUAUGCUCUUUGGAUUCCUGAUCUCUUUAUGGAAAGAGUCCGAAGUGAUAGCAGCUGGUCUUUAUUUUGCCCCAAUGAAGCUCCUGGUUUGGCUGAUUGUUGGGGUGAAGAAUUUGAAAAAUUGUACGACAGUUAUGAAACUGAGGGCAGGGCAAAGAAGGUUAUAUCUGCUAGGCAACUCUGGUUUGAGAUAUUAAAUUCCCAAAUUGAAACUGGAACUCCUUUUAUGCUUUACAAGGAUUCUUGCAAUAGGAAAAGCAACCAGCAAAAUCUGGGCACUAUAAAAUCGUCAAAUUUGUGCACUGAGGUUAUUGAGUUCACGAGUCCAACAGAAACUGCAGUUUGCAAUCUGGCAUCUAUUGCGCUUCCACGAUAUGUGAGGGAAAGGGGGGUUCCCAUUGAGUCACACUCAUCUAAGCUGGUUGGAAGCAGAGAUGCUAAGAACCGAUAUUUUGAUUUUGAGAAACUAGCAAAGGUUACCGCAAUAAUUACUGCAAACCUUAACAAGAUUAUUGAUAUUAAUUACUAUCCUAUUGAAACUGCAAGAAGAGCAAAUGUACAACACAGGCCAAUUGGUAUUGGAGUUCAGGGUCUUGCUGAUACUUUUAUCCUGCUUGGAAUGCCAUUUGAUUCACCAGAGGCCCAACGGCUAAAUAGAGACAUAUUUGAGACCAUAUACUAUCAUGCACUACAAUCCUCGUCUGAGUUGGCUGCAAAAGAUGGCCCUUAUGAGACAUAUAAUGGGAGCCCUAUAAGCAAGGGAAUUCUUCAGAUGGACAUGUGGAGUGUAUUGCCAUCCGAUAGAUGGGAUUGGGAUGUUCUUAGGGAAAUGAUAUUGAAGAACGGAGUACGAAAUUCCCUUCUUGUAGCACCUAUGCCCACUGCUUCAACAAGCCAGAUUCUUGGCAACAAUGAGUGCUUUGAGCCUUAUACAUCCAAUAUCUACAGCCGCAGAGUUUUGAGUGGUGAAUUUGUUGUUGUAAACAAACACCUCCUUCAUGAUCUAACGGAGAUUGGUCUUUGGUCACAUUCUCUAAAAAACAAGAUAAUUUAUGAGAAUGGCUCUGUUGCAAAAAUUCCUGAGAUUCCUGAGCAGCUGAAAGCUAUCUAUAAGACGGUCUGGGAAAUCAAGCAAAAGACAUUGGUUGAUAUGGCUGUUGAACGGGGUUGUUACAUAGACCAGAGUCAGAGUCUGAAUAUUCACAUGGAGCAACCUGAUCUUGGGAAACUAACUUCAUUGCAUUUUUAUGCUUGGUCUAAGGGCCUGAAAACAGGGAUGUACUAUCUGAGAACACGUGCUGCGGCUGAUGCAAUCAAGUUCACAGUUGAUACAUCUGUUCUCAACAAUGAAAAUGAUAAUAAGACAAACAAUGAUGUCAAUACUGAUAUGGCACAAAUGGUAUGCUCACUGGAUAAUCAAGAAGAAUGCAUGGCUUGUGGCAGUUGAAAUUCAGAAGUUUGGUCAUAUUAUGGUAUCAACCAAAUUUUGUAUUAAAGGACUUUGAAGCUUGAACCAUCUAAAGUAAUAUACUGUAAGUGUACACGAUCCAUCCUCUUUAGGAGUGCGUAUAGCUGUUUUAGUCUAAGUGUUAAUCGAUCAUGUAAACCAGGGAGUUCCAAAUGGCUAGUAACAUUUUGUGCCAAAGUACACGGCUAGCAAUAGAGAGUUCUGAAUCAGAGAACUAACAAAAAUGUUUGUAGACAGCAUGUACUUAUUUAUUAAUUUCUAAUAUCAAGUAACAUCAACCAGUUUUUGCUGUCUUCUUUUGCA